GGAGCCGCGGAUCCCAUCGCCACGGCAACGCGGCGGCCGCAAACCGCUCCCGGGACACGCGGCGGAUCCCACCGGCGGCGGAUCCCACCGGCGGCGGACACGAGCGCCGGGAGCGGGCGCGGCCCGACGGAGAGGAGCCCGCCUUAGGCCUGGCCAGCAGCGUGCAAUGCCUCUCUUUGGGAACUCCUUCAGCCCCAAGAAGACCCCCCCCAGGAAAUGGGCCUCGCUGUCCAACCUGCACCUGCUGGAUAGAUCCACCCGUGAGGUUGAGCUGGGCCUGGAGUACGGCACCCCCUCAAUGAACCUCGCUGGCCAGAGCCUGAAGUUCGAAAAUGGCCACUGGGUUUCAGAAUCAGGAGGCUUCGUGGGGGAUCGCAGGGAACUGCAGCGCUUGCGCAAACGAAACCAGCAGCUAGAGGAAGAGAACAACCUACUUCGGCUGAAAGUGGACAUCCUGCUGGACAUGCUCUCUGAGACCACCGCCGAGUCCCACCUCAUGGAGAAGGAGCUGGAGGAGCUGAAGCAGCACAGCCGGAGGAAGAAGUGAACAAGAGGCUGGUUCUGGGUCUUGGCCCGCGGGAUGCUGGGGCUGGCUGUGCCUCCCAGCCAUGUCGGUACGGUGUGGAGGUACUUUGGAGCGCCCAGGUGCCUCCAGCGCUGUGUGGCGCCCUGGGCACUGCUAAUGGCUGCUUUGGCACCACAGCGCUGUAAUUAACACGGUUUUCCUCCGAGCACUUUACCUUGCCCGGCUUGCUGCCGGCAGCCGUGCCCUGCUCUGGGGCAGGCGGGCAGCGGGCGCUGGGGCAGCGGCUCUCCCUCCGUGAGGGCUCCUGCCCGCCCUCCCUGCUGGCCCCAGCGCGGAGACCCCGGGGCUUGUACAGCCCUCACCGUCUCUGCCUUGGGCGAGCAGGAUGCUCCUUCUCGAGAGUUUUGCAUAUUUGAUAUAAAACCUUGCCAUUAAAA